AUGGAACCUCCAAAGGCUCCAAAUGUUUCUAAUAGAGUCAAAGAGACUCGGCAAAAGCAGACGACUAGGCACCUCUCGAAGUUGAAGUUUCCUGCAUUCAUCAUCGCUAUACUAGCUGCUGUAGGCUAUUACCUCGACUGUAUCAAGGACCGGUGGUAUGUUUUCGACCCACCGACUCUUCACGCACUCGCCCAAUCUGCCGUCGCCGCCUCACCCAAUUCUACGGAAGGCAUGAUCUCCUACAUCCUCACCUCACUCCACGAAACCUAUCCUCAGCACACCCUCUCCUUCUCCUCAUCUGCAUCAUCAAAUUCCUCACACCCUCUCGUCGCCCUCAAUGCAAAUCCUCCCACAGACCCAUCCUCUUGGUUCUUCAACAACGCCGGUGGAGCGAUGGGCGCCGUGUACAUGAUCCACGCGUCCAUAACUGAAUAUCUCAUCAUCUUCGGUACGCCGUCCGGUACGGAAGGUCACACCGGCUUAUUUCUCGCGGACGAUUAUUUCCAUAUCUUGGUUGGCGAGCAGUGGGCUUUCGAGCCGGGAGCGUUGGAGAAGGAGGUUUAUAGGCCAGGGGACUUGCAUUUGAUGAGGAGGGGAGUGAAGAAUCAGUACAAGAUGCACGAUGGAGCCUGGGCGAUGGAGUAUGUCAGAGGCUGGGUCCCACUAAUGUUGCCCUUUGGCUUCGCCGACGCCCUCACCUCCACCCUUGACGUACCCACCAUUUACAACACGCUCCGCAUCACAGGCCGAGAAAUCAUCCGGAACUUGAUGAUCGGAAAGAUCUGA